AUGUGGCGCGAUCGUACAAAUCUUUACAUCUCCUACCGCCAGUCCUUCUCCCAUCAUCCCGCCAAGAAGCCCCGAUACAUAGGAAGCUCAUGGAACGACGACAACUCCGAAGAGCGUCGGGGUCUCAUCUCCGGCGCCGGCGCCGGAUUCGAAGAUGACGGCGACGCAGUCAUAGAAAUGGACCUUUUACCUCCGCGCUGGCUGGACGUGCAAGACGAAGUAACAGAGCUCCUGCGGGACAUUGCGCACAAGUCCUCCCAACUAGACAGGUUGCAUCAGAAGCAUGUACUACCGAGUUUUGGAGACGAGGAUGUUCGGCGGGAGGAAGAAGGUGUGAUAGAGAGGUUGACACAGGAGAUUACGAGGGCUUUUCACUCCUGUCAGCGGAAUAUUCAAAAGAUAGAAACGAUGGUGCGCGAUGCCCGGCAGGCGGGCACCGUGAGCCGCGGAGAAGAGACGAUGGCAAAGAAUCUACAGAUAUCUAUGGCCGCGAAGGUGCAAGAAGCGAGUGCUAGCUUUAGAAAGAAGCAAAGCACUUAUCUUAAGAGUACAUGCCUGCUCCAGUUUCCCAUUCUUGAGCCGUCCGACUUUGCUAACGUUUUUGCCUCAGAACUCCGUGGCCUAGAUGGGCUGUCCUCCCCGCUCGACCGCUCCCCAACCCCGAUCCUCCAACAACAAAACCCCUAUAUAGAUCCCUCCCUCCUCGAAUCCGAUGCCGACAAGUCCUAUUCACAGUCUACUCUCCUCCAAACAUCCCAACACCAACAACAGCAGCGCCAACUCGGCCGAAGCAAUGACGCGGUGAUUCUUCAACGAGAACGGGAAAUCAAUGACAUCGCAAAAGGCAUCAUCGAACUAUCAGAUAUAUUCCGCGACCUACAAACCAUGAUCAUUGACCAAGGCACUAUGCUCGAUCGCAUAGAUUACAACGUCGAACGUAUGACCGUGGACGUCAAAGCGGCUGAUAGAGAGCUUACAGUGGCAACCGGCUACCAGAAGCGCACUACAAAGCGGAAAAUCCUGCUGCUUCUCUUGCUCUUGGUCGUAGGCAUGUUCAUCCUUCUCCUCGUGAAACCCAAACGACACAAUUCCGCCCCACAACCGCCCCCAUCUUCAAACCCACCUCCAGCCAUCGUACAAGAGAUCGAAGUUCGGCCGCCAGAUCGCGGACCCCGGCAAGGGCGACGAGGGAGAAGAAAAAAGCCUUCUUUGGGCUUAGAGACAAGGUCUGCUGAUGAUGCUGUUAACGAUUUCUCGCAUGAUAUUUGGCGGGAUCCGCUGUCGCGGAAAAUGUGA